AGGGGCGCGGACUACAGGCCCCAGGCGGCGCCGCGCGGGCCGGGCCGCGCCGGCCCCGCCCCCCGGCGGCCGUGGGCGGGGCCGGGGCGGGCGCCGUGAGUCAGUGCCCGGUAAACAUUGGCGUGAGCCGCCGGCCCCGCCGUGCUGGCGGCGCCCUGAGGGCGGCGGGGGCCGCGGCCAUGGACGAGCUCAAGCACCAGGUGAUGAUCAACCAGUUCGUGCUGGCGGCCGGCUGCGCCGCCGACCAGGCCAAGCAGCUGCUGCAAGCGGCCCACUGGCAGUUCGAGACUGCUCUCAGUGCUUUUUUCCAAGAAACAAACAUCCCCUACAGCCACCACCAUCAGAUGAUGUGCACUCCCGCCAACACGCCGGCUACGCCGCCCAACUUCCCCGACACCCUCACCAUGUUCUCCCGCCUCAAGGCUUCCGAGAGCUUCAACAGCAGUAGCCCCGUGGCCUCCAUGGCGACCUCCCCACCGCCCCCGGCCCCGCCGCUGCCCCAGCACGGGGCCUUCAACCCCGCCUGGCCCACGGCUUCUCCCCCUGGCCAGCAGCAGAGCAUGUGGACUCCGGCCGCGCCGGCGCAGCCCGCGGGCUGGCCCGCCGCUGUCUCCCAGCAGGCCACCGCGGAACAGAAGGCCAACGUGACCAUGGAGGCAGAGAGAUGAGGCCGCGGCCAAGAGCGAACGCGGCGGGGAGGGACCCCUGCAUAUAAAUAUUAUUUUUUUUUUUCCUCCCCCCCCCUCCCCAAAGAGGAGAGGAACUCUGCUGCCAGGGCGUCUGGCAGCUGCCGAGACACACGAGAGAAAUAGCUGCCUUGCAUGGGUUUGGUUUGAAGUAGUUUUUACUUGUUCUCGAGCUGAAUGGAGCUCCCCAGAGACAGCGGGAGGCUGCGUGGGACCGGUGCCAGCCUCCACGUGGGACCCCGCCGCUGCCAGACUCUCCGGGAGGGAGCACCCCCUCCUCUCCUGGGACACCGGAGUUUGCAUGCCAGUGACAUUUACAGAGGAGGUCCCUUCUUCAGGGUCCCCUGGGCCACCCCACUAGGCCAAGUGGGUUGUGCCUGAGUGUUUCCCCCUAUCCCUUGGCCCCGCUCGACUGGGUGGGGGCAGAUACCCCAUGAGGCUUGUUUUUUGUAAGGGGUGAAGAGAGCAAGGGCUGUUCCUGCUCCACCACAGCCUCCACCCUGCACACAUCAUCCUUGCUGGUGAGCAGGGCUGGGGGACACCGGCUCUUGGGGAGGCAUCUGGCCCCUCGCCCAGCCCCCGAUGGGGAGCAGGGGGUGAGCCACAGUGGCCCAGCUGGGCCAGCACACCCUCCCCUCCACCCCCUGGGAUGGGGUUCUCCCCAGGGCUCUUUUGCAUGACACAGUGUAACCCUAGAGACUGGGAUCGUUUUUAAGCCCUCUGUUCUUUUUCCCGGCGGCUGGAAGUCUCUCCGGAUUCGCCGCAGCCGCUUGCAAUACACGCUCUUCUGCUUUGAACCCGGUGUCUUUGCUUUGCUCGCAGCAGGGUAAGGCUGCCCUGGCCCAGAGUGUUUCAUAUCCCCUCUCCCAGUGGCUCGUGUGUCCGAGGUGGGGCUGGCUGCACUUGCAGCUGCUCCAAACACCCCAUUCCAGCAGCACAGUGACACCAACUGCCUUUGGCCAAGUGCAUCCAGGGCCCAGCCCCAGGAGGAGCCAGCCCAGCUCUGACUGCAGAGACCCCCCAAGCCAAUGGCAGGGCUGUGCUGAGCCAUUGGCUCCCCGUGUGACACCCACAGGUCCUGGUGCCUUGCUGUGACCUGUCCCCUCUUUGCCAGGUCCCUCGGAGGUCGCUGUCCCUGCGGGGCCCUCUCCCAGCAAAGCUGUGCCCCUGCAUCUCUGUGCUCACCAGUCAAUAAUUAAUUUGAAUCUCUUAUUUGUGUUGCUAAAAUAAACAGUGUAGGAGCGA